CAUUUUACAGCUUGACUAUAUCUGUAUUCUCCUCCUAUUCCUCUUCCUAUUCCUAUUCCUAUUCCUAUUCCUAUUCCUAUUCCUGCCACAUCUAUAUUCGAGCCUAUAUAUUAUAUAUAUUACCAACCGUCAUAUACGCGCAGAAGUAGGCAAAUCUACAAGGAAACAAAAUAAAGAAAAAACAGCCCUCUUUUUCUUCUUUAUGUUCUUGGUUUUCGUUUUGAUCUGAGGUUUGGUUUGGUGCUUGGAACUUGGAAGAAAGAUACAGUCAUGACAGGAGGAAGGGAAAUUCUUAACAAGAUGAAGGAGAAGGCAUGCUUUUACACCUCUAUGCCAGCCUCGCCAGAUCCGGAGAAAGGUAAAAGCACAUCGAAGAGGAUCACUAAUGGCUUCCACCUAUUGAAAGGGAAAUCAAAUCAUGCCAUGGAAGAUUAUGUGGUUUCUAAAUUUAAGAAAGUAAAUGAACAUGAUUUGGGUUUAUUUGCGAUUUUUGAUGGGCAUAUGGGCCAUGAUGUUGCCCAGUACUUGCAAUCCCACCUCUUUGACAAUAUUUUGAAAGAGCAUGACUUUUGGAGCGAUACUGAGAAUGCAAUAAAGAGAGCUUAUCAUACAACCGACAAAGAUAUACUGGAGAAAUCAAUGCACUUGGGGAAAGGAGGCUCAACUGCAGUUACGGCAAUACUGAUCAAUGGUGAAAGGCUUGUAGUUGCAAAUGUGGGAGAUUCUCGGGCCGUCAUUUCCAGGAAAAGUUCUGCCAAGCAGCUUUCAGUUGACCAUGAACCAAACAAAGAAAAGCCGAUUAUUGAAAGCAAGGGUGGAUUCGUAUCAAACAUUCCAGGUGAUGUCCCUCGAGUUGAUGGGCAGUUGGCUGUAGCCAGGGCAUUUGGCGACAAGAGCCUAAAAAGACACCUGAGUUCAGAACCAGAUGUGAAAACGGUGUCGAUAGACGAUGACGUUGACUUCAUCAUUUUGGCAAGCGACGGGCUAUGGAAGGUGAUGACGAAUCAAGAGGCGGUGGACGCAAUCAAGAACAUUAAGGAUGCAGAAUCGGCGGCAAAGCAUUUGGCAGAGGCCGCGGUUGCUAGAAAAAGCAAGGAUGAUAUAUCAUGUAUAGUUGUUAAGUUCCAUUGAUUAUAGUUUGAAGUUAGUUUUCAGCUGAAUUUAAUAGCAUGUGUACAAAAUUUUUUUUGGGGGGAAACUAUCCAUAGCCGAAUCAAUGCUACAUUGCUACGUUUGAGUUGGACUGAAUCUAAUGGGAUUAUCCCGUAUAUAUAUUUAAAAAAUAAAUCUUGUGUAAUACUGUUUCACGUAAAA